AAAGUAUAUUUAUGAGGAAUGAACUGGUAGAUAGCCAGCUAGCUAUAUAUACACAUGCUCACAUGUUUUAAAUUACUUUAGAAAGCUAUCUGUUGAUACAGAGAGUUACUUAAUUUACUCAAUAAAGAAAGGGUCCUUCUUUUUUAAAACUGGACUGCAGUAUGGUAGCCCACUUAGCUUUGCAUUUUUUAUUUUAAAGAGGAAUUUUCAGGAAACCCUUUUUUGUUGUUGUUGUGGUGGUGGCAUUGUCUUCUAAGAAAUUCAUCACUCAAGCCUUGCCUUAAUUUAAUAUUGCAGGUUAUUUGUUUCAAAGCUAAAGUCUAUAUUUGGUAAAAAUUCAUUUGGUGGAAUGGUGACAAAAUCAGUUUUAAAUGAAACAUUUAAAAUGAUUUACAAAAUUGCUUGCUUGCAGUUAAAUGUUGCUGCAGUCAGUGAGGUCAUCUAUAUCAUUGAUGAACAUAUCAAGGACAACAGAGAAAUACAUGACCUAUAUUUGCGUGGGUGUCCAAUUAUUCCACAAGACAUCUAUGCCAUUACUCAUGCUUUAUCAUUCUAUCCUGGCAUAACUUCAAUAAAUUUAAGAAAUACACACAUGACCAGUAAAGGUCUUGUGUACUUAUUAAAAGCACUUUGCAAGUACGAGUCAUUACUCAAUUUGGAUUUUGGAUUUAAUGAGCCUAUUGAUUCCCCUGAAACAAGAUCUGCAUUACAAGAGUAUCUUCCAAUUGCAAGUUUAAAAAGCAUAAAGUUUAUGAAUACAGAUGUUGGAAAUGAAACAUUUGAUGUAUUUUUUCAAGCUCUAAAGACUCACGAAACGCUUACUCAUGUUGAUAUUAACUUUAAUUCUGUUGACGAUGUAAAUAGUGAUGCUAUUUCUCAAGUUAUUAUUCACAACACAAAGUUGGAAACUCUAUCCAUGUGGCAUAGUCAUAUCACUGAGCACGGUGCCAUGGUAUUGAUAAAUGCCCUGGAACAACGAUCAGUAAAUUCACCAAGUUUGUGUCUAGGGCUGUAUGGUUCGCAAUAUAUAUCUGAAGAAACAUUAAAACAUUUGGACGAAUGUACAAGGUUUAAUUGUAAAUCUGAAGUAGAGAAGGAAGUAAAGAUGGCAAAAACAGAGGGGCAAAGUCUUCCAAAAACACUGUCUGAGUUUAUACUUGAAGGAGAUGAAAUGCAUCAACAAAACCUCAAAGAAAACGAAGUUGUAAAAGUAAAAUUGAAAGAAAAAAAUCAAAACGAAGAAAAAAUUGAACAGGAAAGAUAUGUUGGGCUGGCAUGUGGAAGUGAUAGGGCUAAAUCCAAUAUUAAAAACAACUACUUCUCUCCGCUUGAUGAUCCAGAAAAAAUGGUGGCAUAUGUGUUGGACCAAAAGUUUAUUGGCGAAAGAGAAAAUGGGUCAUACUUUUCAGAGACACUGCUGGACAAUUAUGGUAAAGCGAAAGAAUUAUGGGCUUCAUGUAAUAGGUGCGAUCACCCCAUGCUGGACGUGGUAGCAUAUUAUUGUAAUAAUAAAACACACAAGAACUUACUGGAUGAUGUAAACACAGCUUUAAAAGAAUGUGGAUUUUUUGGACUUGUGAUUGAUGAAGAAGAAAUUCAUCCAGUUCAAGAAGUUGAGGACUCCAUUGAUCUUUCGAAAUUUGAUGAAAAAAAACGACAGAUAUUUUCAAUGAUAUCAAAUCAAAUUGGUUUCGAAGCAAGGUAUUUGUCUCAUUUCCUAUUGGACUUUGAUGACGUUCUGACUAUAUCAGUUGCUAAUGAGGGAAAUGUGACGGCAUACACUAGUGACGUUCUGGCAAGGUGGUAUGUAAAAACGAAAAAAGAACUGCGAACUUGGAAAAACUUGCGAAGUGUUCUAAAGUUCUUGGGUAAAGGUAAACUGAUUGAAGAUAUUGAAUUAGAUUUUAAGGACUGAACCUAAUUAUUUUAAGUGUUUAUUCUAUGAUUUCUUUUCUUUUAAAAAUUAUCACUCAGACAUCUAACAAACUUGACUUUGGAGUCUUUUUAAUUAUCUUUAUUUUUUAUGUGGGUAAAACUAUAUUUGUGUGGCCUAAAAUGGUCCACACUUAAAGAACUCUUUUAUGCUAAGUCAGUAUUUAUUUUGAUUAAUUAUUUUUUUAAAAGAUUUAUGUCCACAUUCUUUGCAUUUAUUCCUUAGGUGUGUAUUUAAAAUUUUGUACAAAUAACAUUUUAGUAGCAUAUAUUUUAUAAGCUUGUAAAUAUGCUCACUUCUAAUUGUGUAUUAUAGAUAUUUUUUAUGAAAUUUAUAGAAUUAUAAAUAACACCAUGUUAUAAAUAUUCCAGCAGUGAAUAGUUUUGAAUUUUAAUAAUAUCUAUCCAUCUAUAUAUUAUAAAUGUUUGUAUCACUUUUUCACCAUUAUGAGGUUGGUCUUAUUCAAAAAAAAAAAAGAAUUUACAUCAAUC